UCUGAUUAGGAGUUUCUUGCUCUCAGCUUGUCCUCUGCAAGCCAUGUGGCUCUACCUGGUGGCUCUAGUGGGCCUGUGGACCCUCCUGCACUUCAUCAGGGAGAGGCAGGUGGUGAGCAAUCUCCAAGACAAGCAUGUCUUCAUCACGGGCUGUGACUCGGGCUUUGGGAACCUGCUGGCCAGACAGCUGGACAGGAGAGGCAUGAGGGUGCUGGCUGCAUGUCUGACAGAGAAGGGAGCCGAGGAGCUGAGGAACAAGACAUCAGACAGGCUGGAGACAGUGAUCCUUGAUGUCACCAAGACAGAGAGUAUUGUGGCAGCCACUCAGUGGGUGAAGGAGCGUGUUGGGAACAGAGGACUCUGGGGCCUGGUCAACAAUGCCGGCUACGCUUUCUACGCUGUCAAUGAGUGGCUGAAGAAAGAGGAUUUUGCCAAGAUACUGGAUGUGAACCUGUUGGGCAUGAUCGAGGUGACUCUGAGCUUGCUGCCCUUAGUGAGGAAGGCCAGGGGCCGAGUGGUCAACGUCUCCAGCGUCAUGGGUCGAAUGUGCUUCUUUGGUGGUGGUUACUGCAUCUCCAAGUAUGGUGUGGAGGCCUUCUCAGACUCCCUCAGGAGGGAGCUCUCUUAUUUUGGGGUGAAGGUGGCUAUUAUAGAGCCUGGAGGCUUCAAGACUGCUCUGAAUGACAGGCAUUCGUCAAUUAUCAAGAUGCUGUGGGACCAGACCAGCUCAGAGGUCAAAGAGGUCUAUGGAGACAAAUUUUUGCAGUCCUACCUGCAAACAGUGACGUCAUUGGUGGAAACAUGCUCAGAGGACCUUACUUUGGUGACGGACUGCAUGGAACAUGCAUUGACUUCCUGUCAUCCUCGCACCCGCUACUCAGCCGGCUGGGACGCUAAGCUCUUGUACCUCCCCAUGAGCUACCUGCCCACCUUCCUCUCAGAUGCCUUCUUCUACUGGAGCUCAGCAAAGCCUGCCCAGGCCCUGUGAAAUCUGCCCUUGUGCAGAGUGGGGAAGUUGGGCGGAUGCAGGGAGGGGAGGGCACCAGGGGACAUUGUUCACCAUGUUCACGAAAAUCAUUCUGCUUUCACACUGCUCUCGACCAGUGAAGUCCAGAGGAAAGAGCCAAAGAAUUCACCAAAGAAUAGGGAUACAAAGGUCCUGGCAGUCACCUGUUAAGAUAGGCAACUUCCCAUGAGUCUGCGCAUCAUGGCUGAUUGUGAGAAUCCACAGAACUGGGGGAGGUUACAGCUUCUUUCCUCAGGAUGUGCAUGGGCCUGGCUUCUCACACUGUCAUGUAGCAUGGAGACAACCCUCUUCUCAAUCAUCUUUGUCCAUGCUGUCAAGUGGGAGGGCCACCGCCAGCACCCCAUGUCCGAAUGCCACAUUAGAAGAUAACACUCAUGGUAUGGAACCUGCUCGAG